CGUCCAGGUCUCCCGAUCCCUCCCCUUCAUCCCGUGACCUCUCAAACCCUAACAUUAUCUCUGUGCCGCCUACCAUUUCUGCAAAACCCACCCAAUGACCACGCGAUUGAAAGCAAAUGUUUCUUGCUCAAAGGUGUGCAAUGAUGGAACUCUUCCAUGCUCCCCCCCCCCCCCCAAACACUCUGCUUCUCUCACAUUUUCUUCCUCAUAUGAAAUUCCUGAAGAACCCGUAUCGUAUACAAAGGCCUUUAAGCAUCAUGAAUGGCGUCAAGCCAUGCAAAUUGAGUUCCAAGCCCUUCUUCAACACUCCACCUGGGAUCUAGUUCCACCUUCUCCUUCUCUAAACAUUUUGGGUCUAAAAUGGGUUUUAAAAACAAAGAGAUGUGCCGAUGGUUCUCUUGAAAGUCGCAAGGCUCGUCUUGUUACCAAAGGAUUUCAUCAACAGCUUGGGAUUGAUUAUAUUGAAACCUUUUUUCCCGUUGUGAAAGCCGUUACUAUAUGAUUAUUGCUUUCCAUUGCCGUCUCUUGUAAAUGGCUCUUACACCAACUAGAUAUCCAAAAUGCAUUCCUACAUGGUGACCUCAAAGAAGGAGUGUAUAUGCAUUAGCCUCCUGGCUUUGUGAAUCCCGACUUUCCGACGUACGUUUGCAAGCUGAAAAGGGCCAUCUAUGGCCUUAAAUAGGCCCUUUAGCAAGGAACACUUGCAGACAUUUUCACAAAACCGCUGUCCACAGCUUGAUUUUCUUUAUUGUGAUCAAGCAUCACUAUUUGUCAAGUGCCGCUUGCAUCGAGGGGGGCUGAUAAGGAAAUCUCAACAGACAAUGUCUAAUGCAGAGCAGGUGUAGCAGACCAUGCAUUAGACAACGUCCAAUGCAGCGUAAGUGCAGCAGACCAUGCCCAAUGUAGAACAGUCACACACAGCGUGGAUGCAACACUCACUUAAGGCACGCCAACAACAAACUGUGUCCAAGGCAGAGCAAUAAAAGUCUGAAAAUAAAAGUUUGAAGACAUCUUUGUCUAAGAUACAUGUGGCCCAAUAAUAUAGAAUGGGUUGUUAUGCAUUAAGUAGUAUAAAUAUUGUAUAGAAUAGUAGUGAAAAAUCAAUGAAAACGAAAGCUAUCCUUUGAGGCAUUUCAAUAAGCACCUUGAGUGCUCUGUUCUCUUUUUACGUUAAUAUGCAUUAAUGCUUAACGAUGUACACAAUCAUCUCAUUAAAGAGUUUGAAAACUGAAAAUUGACCAUGAAGAGACAUCAAUAAGUACUACGUUAUAUACUCUCAUUUAAAGUUAUAGUAUGUGAUCGAUCACCCUAAAUUUAUAAUGACUAGUAGUAUUUUACGAAUGAUGUUCAUUUUGAUUUGAGAUUGAAGUAUGUUACAGAUCUAUGUAAUACAAUCUUUGCCUCAAUCAACAUGCAUGACAAAUGAAAGUCAAUCCAAGAAAGGCCAAGUGGAUAUUAAGAUUCUUGUUCAUAUAUUUCACCGUAUCAAGUUAGAUCUAGGGAGAGUGUUUGAAUUAGGAGUAAUAUCGUUGUACUGUGUUUGUUAUGUACCCAAUCUAGGAAGAGCAAGGCAUUAGGCCUAAGCCAAAGACACUUGGAAAUUUGCUAAAGCAAUAAUAAUCAUGAGCUAAGAAAAGGAAAGAUAGCAAAAUAUCACAAGAUAAUUAAAGCUUGCUAGCAAGGAUAAAUCCAAGAUGACAUACCAUGCACGCUGUUUGGGGCGUGUCUCACUUCCAAUCUCCCACAGCUCAGCCGUUCUUCUUUGAUGAAACUCGAGGGGGCUCAUCUUGAAAGCACUCCGAUGUUAAAGUUAGUUCAGAGAGAUUAUUCUUUUAAACCUUAGAGAUUACCUGUAUAUAUAGGCUCGUUUGUUGUACAUAUCUCAUCUAGGAUUUAUCGGAACAGAUCAAGGCUUAGGAUUUUGAAUAAUCCUAUCACUUCUUACUAUUUUUAUCCUUCCGUUAAAGGUGGCGCCAUGUAUGCUUCUUUUUAAACUCCUUUUAACAAUUCCUUUGUGACUUUUGGGCUCAUGCUGGAUCCAAACUCUGGGCUUCUUGGUGUUUAAUGUAUUAUGGGCCUUUUUUAUAUGCUCUAGGAUCCUUCGGUUGGAACGGUCCCUCCAGCUACCCCGCCAAUUUUAUUAGCCUUCUAGCGGAUGAAAUUUAUUUUUGACCAAUCUCAUCGCUAUGAAAGUGUUGGGUGUGACUGCAUGGGCUUGGGUACUUGAAAAUUAUGUAGACAUGGUCAUGGGCCCAAACAACCCACGGCGUUUUUAUGUUUUUUGGCCCGUUACACCCACUGGCCUUUUUAUGUCAUUUCCUUCCCCCCAUAAAGAUUUGGUUACAAAAAAUCGUAGAUUUGAUAUCAUUUACCGCUAUUGUGGCAGAGAAAACAGACAGUUUACUUGCGUCGAUUAGUCUUCUUGCAAAGUUACUUUUUCUUUCUGUUUGGCCUUUCACAUUUCAUUACCCUUCAAAACUUCAUUCUCCCCUUAUCUCUCAUUCCUUCCCUUGCUGCGUUCUCUGCCUCUUCAUUCCUAUCUUUGCUCUUUGCUCAUCUCGCUCUUUUCUUGCUAUCAUUUUCCCAAUGAUUUCAAUGGCUUCUUAUGUUGAAGGUGAGGUUUCUAAAAGCCCCUUUGCGAUUCUCGAGGGCACAGUCUUCGCUCAGCACCGGUGGCGUUCAUGUCUCUGAGAGAAAAAUCUUCCCACGAUUCGGGAAGACUAUCGUAUUCUUGAGACUGUUGUUUUAAGCCUUCCUGAAUGUGGAUUUUGUGAUAGUGAGGGCUUUGCCCCUAGAGCAGUUAUCAUUGUUUCUUAUUUGUAGAACGGGUUGAGGCUCCCUUUCUGCCGCCCUCUCCGUGACCUUUUGGAUCUCCUCAACCUCGCUCCCUAUUAGAUGCACCCUUUUGCUUUGAGGACGUACCUUUGCGCUUGUGUUAUAUUUCGCAUGGUUUUGGAACCUCUUAGGGACCCUUAUCUCGAUCUGACCGCCCGUGAAUUUUUGGCGUUCUAUAACCUAAGGGAAGCUUCCAAAGGCAACGUUCUCGGCUUCCGUAGAAAAGAUGAUGGGCAAAUGUUGGCCUGGUUCCAGACUUGCUACUCUAAUGCCAAGGCAUGGACCACUAGGUUCUUUUAUAUCUCCGGCCAAAAUUGGGAAUACCCCGGCACAGAAGAAGUUUUCCUUGAUUUCCCAAUUAGAACAAUUUGGCGCCAUCUUCCCAAUGAGAAGGAUCUAUGGUGUACGAUGCUGGCCCUGUUGAGUCGUGAAUUGGCUCGAAUCGCGACAGUUAAUUCUUGGGCCAAAGCUAAUCUAGAGGCACUCUGGACUGACAACUUGGUGACCACCGCCCACAUAGAUCAGUUCUUGAAGUCUCCCAACCAGUGUUUUGUUCAAGGGCGCGACUUCAUGAUUACAGACACCAUUCCUUCUCCCCUGCAAAAACCCAUUGAGAAAACCGCGAGGUUUGAAUCCUCUAAGCGGAAGAAGCGUUCAGAAGAGGGAGAGGAGGAAGAGGCGGCCAAAAAGAAGGAAAAAAGAAGCAAAAAGAAGAAUGAUGAAGAAAAGGAGGUGGCUGUUGAGAAGAGAGAGAAAAGAACCAAGAAGAAGAACGAUGCAGGCAGUGGCCAAAAGAAAGCUCACUCUGGAGAUUCCUUACCGCCUUUUUUUGCUCUACAGGAGAUUCUGGCACCCUCUAUGGGCUCCUAGGGGUUGAUGCCGUAGGAGGGCACUCCCUC